GUGGGACUUGACUUCAAUAACUCUAUUGAUAGCAUCAUUAACGUAGCUGAUGUCGCUUUGCAUUUACACUUACACAAAUAGUGAUGGUACAGGGUAAGCGUCUUUCACAUGUCCCCAAAAUAAACUCCAAAAAAGAUACCCCUGCCAUCUCCAACUCCACCAAGAAUUCCGUCUCAAACCGUCCUCAAAACUCCGCGGCAGAAACCAUCACGAGAGUUGACUGCGCCCACUAACCAUGGUAUAUUUCAGCCUUGACUGAAAUAUUUUUCUUUCUAUGUUUCUUACCUCUUAAAUCUUCGAAUUGUCAACACAAUGCUUCCUCUACGCUUCCUCCGACAUCGCUCGCCCUUAGCGACCUCCAUCCGUACGGCUUCUUCUUGCUCGACUUCCUCCCGCCUCGAGACACUGACCAAGUCUCCGAUCCGUGUUCUCCGUUCCGUCGAAGCCGUCCGUCGUUGGCGUAACCCUCAUGUCGUUAAUCACCGAUCGGUCGGCCUCGUGCCCACUAUGGGUGCUCUGCACGAGGGCCAUCUGUCGUUGAUCCGCGCCGCUGCCAAGGAGAACCAUCACGUUGUCGUGAGCAUAUAUGUCAACCCGGCACAGUUCGGAAUAAAAGAAGAUCUAUCAUCAUAUCCCGUAACCUGGGAUGAAGACGCAAAGAAGCUGGCCGCGCUGGAUAGAGAACUUGCAGAUGAUGGAGGAAACUUAGGUCGCAUCUCUGCUGUGUUUGCGCCAACGACACCAGAGAUAUACCCCAGCGGCUUUCCAGGCCAGGAAGUUGAUAGUAAAGGAAGCUUUGUUACCAUUACGCCCGUUGGAGAAGUAUUGGAGGGUGCCAGCAGACCAACAUUCUUCCGAGGUGUUGCGACAGUGUGCUUAAAGCUAUUCAACAUUGUCCAGCCCGAGCGUGUGUACUUUGGCCAAAAGGACGUCCAACAAACAGUUGUCAUCCGUCGAAUGGUUAAGGAUUUCAUCCUGCCCAUGGAGGUUAUCGUUGAACCCACACAACGCGAACUCGAUGGCCUUGCUUUAAGUUCUCGGAAUGUGUAUCUUGGACCAAGACGAAGAACUGUCGCUACAGUGCUUCCCCAAGCACUAUUUACCGCCGCCGAUGUAUACAACACUAAGACUUCGCGCAAGAGAGAAGAUAUUCUUGGCGCUGCACACCAUUUUAUCAAUGCUAUGGCAGCCGGCCAAUCCACGCUUCCUCCCACAGAACGUGUGCUCUUUGAGGUCGACUACAUAUCUCUGGCAGAUCCAGAAACAUUAGUGGAAAUCGAUGAGGUUGAUCCAUCGCGCGGAGCUGUCAUGAGCGCUGCGAUCAAGAUGUUGCCAGUGGAGAAGGCUCAAAAAGGCGAGGAUCUGGGCUUCAGUGGAGGUCCAGCGGUACGUUUGAUAGACAAUAUCAUCCUCAAGCCGCAAGAGCCAAGAAAUUCAUAGACGCUGGUAGUAUGAGAAAUGAAACCCAAAAAAUGGGAAGCAUGCUAUUGUAUUGGCUGGAUAUAUAUGUAUAAAUUCUUAUCAGUUGCCAAAUGUGUUGCUGUACCUCCAAAAGGCGGAUCGGGGACGACCCUUCGAAGAUAUGCUGUACAGGGCUCCCAUUGCUUAAAGAUGAGCCCGAGCCCUCUCCUCCCUCUUCUUCUUAACCUGCCUUAUACUCUUGCCGAAAGCUUCCUUCUCUUCAUUGUUUAAUCUACUGGGGACUUUGCCUUUUCCGCUGCGCUCACCUUCCACCGUUUCCUCCCAAAGUUUACGGCC